GCGCGGCCCGAGGGGCGCAGGCGGGAGGGCGGCGGGGCUGAGCGCGCCCUCCGAGCUGCGUCCCUCGCGCCGCUCCCGGGCCGGGGGCGGAUGGGCGGCCGCGGGCCGCGGGGCAGCAGUCGGGACGAGCGCGGGAGCCGGGGGCGGCGGCCGGGGCCUGGGCGGUCGGGCGGGGGCGCCCGGGGGCCUCGGAGCGUCGGGGCCGAGAGCGGCGCGGGCCGGGCGGGGCGCAGGCGGGCGGGGAGCGCCCCGCGUCCGAGCCCCGGGCCGGGCCCUGAGCGCGCGGGCUCCGCGCCGCCGCCGCGCCAUGGCGGAGACCAAGAUCAUCUACCACAUGGACGAGGAGGAGACGCCGUACCUGGUCAAGCUGCCCGUGGCCCCCGAGCGCGUCACGCUAGCCGACUUCAAGAACGUGCUCAGCAACCGGCCCGUGCACGCCUACAAAUUCUUCUUUAAAUCCAUGGACCAGGACUUCGGGGUGGUGAAGGAGGAGAUCUUUGAUGACAACGCCAAGCUUCCCUGCUUCAACGGCCGCGUGGUCUCCUGGCUGGUCCUGGCUGAGGGUGCUCACUCAGAUGCAGGGUCCCAGGGCACGGACAGCCACACAGACCUGCCCCCGCCCCUCGAGCGGACAGGCGGCAUCGGGGACUCUCGGCCCCCUUCCUUCCACCCAAAUGUGGCCAGCAGCCGUGACGGGAUGGACAACGAGACAGGCACGGAGUCCAUGGUCAGCCACCGGCGGGAGCGUGCCCGACGCCGGAACCGCGAGGAGGCCGCCCGGACCAAUGGGCACCCAAGGGGAGACCGACGGCGGGAUGUGGGGCUGCCCCCAGACAGCGCGUCCACCGCCCUAAGCAGUGAGCUUGAGUCCAGCAGCUUUGUGGACUCGGAGGAGGAUGGCAGCACGAGCAGGCUGAGCAGCUCCACGGAGCAGAGCACCUCAUCCAGGCUCAUCCGGAAGCACAAACGCCGGCGGAGGAAGCAGCGCCUUCGGCAGGCGGACCGGGCCUCCUCCUUCAGCAGCAUAACCGACUCCACCAUGUCCCUCAACAUCGUUACUGUCACGCUCAACAUGGAGAGACAUCACUUUCUGGGCAUCAGCAUCGUGGGGCAGAGCAACGACCGUGGAGACGGCGGCAUCUACAUCGGCUCCAUCAUGAAGGGCGGGGCUGUGGCCGCUGACGGCCGCAUCGAGCCAGGCGACAUGUUGCUGCAGGUGAAUGACGUGAACUUUGAGAACAUGAGCAAUGAUGAUGCCGUGCGGGUGCUGCGGGAGAUCGUAUCCCAGACGGGGCCCAUCAGCCUCACUGUGGCCAAGUGCUGGGACCCAACGCCCCGAAGCUACUUCACUGUCCCACGGGCUGACCCGGUGCGGCCCAUCGACCCCGCCGCCUGGCUGUCCCACACGGCGGCACUGACAGGAGCCCUGCCCCGCUACGGUACGAGCCCCUGCUCCAGCGCCGUCACGCGCACCAGCUCCUCCUCACUAACCAGCUCCGUGCCUGGUGCUCCACAGCUGGAAGAGGCGCCGCUGACGGUGAAGAGUGACAUGAGCGCCGUCGUCCGGGUCAUGCAGCUUCCAGACUCGGGACUGGAGAUCCGCGACCGCAUGUGGCUCAAGAUCACCAUCGCCAAUGCCGUCAUCGGGGCGGACGUGGUGGACUGGCUGUACGCACACGUGGAGGGCUUCAAGGAGCGACGGGAGGCCCGGAAGUACGCCAGCAGCUUGCUGAAGCACGGCUUCCUGCGGCACACGGUCAACAAGAUCACCUUCUCCGAGCAGUGCUACUAUGUCUUCGGGGACCUCUGCAGCAAUCUCGCCACCCUGAACCUCAACAGUGGCUCCAGUGGGGCUUCGGAUCAGGACACGCUGGCCCCGCUGCCCCACCCGGCUGCCCCCUGGCCCCUGGGUCAGGGCUAUCCCUACCAGUACCCGGGGCCCCCACCCUGCUUCCCGCCUGCCUACCAGGACCCGGGCUUUAGCUAUGGCAGCGGCAGCACCGGGAGUCAGCAGAGUGAAGGGAGCAAGAGCAGCGGGUCCACCCGGAGCAGCCGCCGGGCCCCGGGCCGUGAGAAGGAGCGUCGGGCGGCGGGAGCCGGGGGCAGCGGCAGUGAAUCGGAUCACACGGCACCGAGUGGGGUGGGGAGCAGCUGGCGAGAGCGUCCGGCCGGCCAGCUCAGCCGCGGCAGCAGCCCGCGCAGUCAGGCCUCGGCCACCGCCCCGGGGCUCCCCCCGCCCCAUCCCAUGACCAAGGCCUAUACAGUGGUGGGGGGGCCUCCUGGGGGACCCCCUGUCCGGGAGCUGGCUGCCGUCCCCCCGGAAUUGACAGGCAGCCGCCAGUCCUUCCAGAAGGCCAUGGGGAACCCCUGCGAGUUCUUCGUGGACAUCAUGUGACUCGUGGCGCGUGCCCCAGCCCUGCCCGAGGCGGGGAGCUGGCGGUCCUGCUGCACGCAGAGCUCACGUGGGCUUGCCUUCGUGGGGGCCGGGAUGGGAGGCAGGGUGGGGGGCAGGCUGGACCACCACCAUCUGCCCUGGCAGCCUGGCUGCUCCGGCUCCUGACAGCACCUGUGUCUGAGCAGCCAUGUUGGGGGCGCUCCCUCUCUGCUCCUCAGCGAGAGCCUCAGGGACCUCCCAACCCCUUGUGUCUGGUGGCGACCCCUCCUGGGAUGAGGAAGACCCCCUUGGGCUCUUGGCUGACCCCCACCUCCUGCACAGCUGUGCCCAGGCCCCCAGGGUGGUCCACGCGGGGCAACCCCCUGCGGUGCACUGGCCCAAGCCGUCUGACCCAGGACAGGGCCUCCCGGGGGUGGAGCCGGAGCCCCCAGGUCCCUCUGGCUGUCUGGAGUAGGGAUCUAAUUUAUUUAUUUAUUGCCUGGCCGGUGACUUGGGGAGGAGGUGACCCUGUCAGCUGUCCCACCUGCCGCUGCCCCUUGGAGCAGCCUGCACCUUCUCCCCUCCCAUCCGGCAACGCAGUCUGAAAGUAUGUGGAGGACGGGACGGGAAGACGAGAGAGGGCUGGACAUCCUGCCCACUGUGUCCCCGCCAGGGCGGGGAGGGACCGUGGCCCGCAGGGUCAAGGGGCCCCGAUGUGCACAGCUACCACAGGGAGGGAGGUCUUGGGGAGAUGGGCAGUCAGGUGGCCCAUCCUUGGUGAGUGCACACACUGCGCGCACACAUCGCGGCCUGCACACACCGCGGCCUUCUUGGCUUCUCUGGCCCCCACGUGUCUGUGCUGUAGAUAUUGUAUCAAAGUCCCAGCGCCUAGAUGGUUCACAUAGAGCUGCUUCUGUGUAAAUGCUGCUUAUUUUAAACACUAAAAAGCGUUUAAUUUUAUGGGA